AUGGAGAUACAGAAUUUUAGGACUGACAGCUGCAAUCAACGGCAGUCCUGUUACACCUUCAUCACGUUUCCCUUGACCAGAAAUGCACUAAAUAGGUUCAAGAUUCGAAGCAUUCAACAAAUUAGGUCAAGACAGAGCCACGAAAAUCAUUCACAAGAUUUCCAUGACGAAUACGGUAACACUGUACUAGCCAGUGGGACCACUUUCUGUGUUGUUGCAUGGGUGUUUAUAGCCACACAGAUUGGAAUAGAAUGGAACCUAUCUCCUGUCGGCAGAAUCGCUCCAAAAGAGUGGAAUGAGUAA